AUGGAAACGCCUUCGAAGUCGAAGCCAACAGAUGAGGCGUCGCCAUCAAAGCUGUUGACACCAGGCAACUCUCCAGCCACGGUUUCGACAGCGGCCUCACCCAUGAAGGUUUACGCCGGUUUGCCGGACUACGAGUACCCCUCGCCGGUGAGCGUCCGCAACACCUUCUUGACUGUGGAGAUUGGAAGGCCACCAUCCAUAGAUGAGUUUUACCAGGAGCGCGGCCUGCGCUCUGCGCCAGGCAGUGCUUUUGGAAUUCCACCUGGAUUGGACUCCGGGAUCACUGGCAGUCAGGUCACGGACGAGGAUGACUUCGUGCCCAGGAAGGAGAACAUGGACACCUCGCCCAAGGCCACGACUGCUUCGUCCCAGCCUGGCUCGACCAUCGCAGUCACCCAGUGGCCGAGGACAAUGAGCGGCGAUGGCUUGGAGGAGUUCAUCUCAAUUGGCCUUGGCGUGGUCGACAUCAGCGGGCAGGCUCCCUCUCUCAAGGAGAUGCCCCCGCCUCCGCCAGCAGAGAGGGCUCCACAAUUUGUUAUUCCGGAGAGCCUCCCGCCCUUGCCAACUGGGAGCCGCGACAAGGAUGCAGCAGACCUGCCUGUUCCGGUCAAACUGGCGCAGGCUCUUCAAGAACAAGAGCCAGCAGUGGGAUCACCUGAGGUGCCUACGCAAGGCUCGCGUGAUCAUCGGUUAGGAAAAUGCAGGCCCUGCGCAUUCUUCCACACGAAGGGCUGCGCAAACGGCGUCGAAUGUGAGUUCUGCCAUCUCUGUGAUUCUGGCGAGAAGAAGCGCCGCGCCAGACAAAGGGCAAUACUACGAAAAGAGCAAGAGCUCGUCCAGGCUGCAAGCCCGAUGUCAGUCGGCCUGGUUCCGGGUGGCUAUCCCAUGCAGCCCAUGGGCCCUAUGGGGUCCAUGCCGCCACCCAUGAUGCAGUUGCCGGGCAUGUGGCCUCCUCCGCUGUCCAGGUGA